AUGUGCAACUGCAGAACGGUGUUGCCUUCCACCAUGGAGAAAACACGCUACAACAGCGACCUGACCAUUUGGUUCACAGACACCUCUGGGCUGGAGAUGCUCCUUAACUUUACAAGCGUGUGUGAUCUGAAGCUCUCCUUCUGCGGCACCACUCCUCUCCCAACCGAAUACUUGACCAUCUGGGGCCUGCGAAAGCUCCGAGUGAAAAACAAGAUCAAGGGACAAUUUCCAGAGCAGAGCGUAACCAUUUAUGGUAGCAGCAACAGUGAGAAAGGGGACCCGUUUGCAGCGCACAACAAAGACAGGCAAAUGUUUGUACAUAUUUCUUUUCUGGAUACCUCUCUUUUCAACGGAUAUUCUUUGCUGAAGUCUUACAGUGUGGAAAAUGUCUCUAGUAUCACAGAGUACUUUCCGAGCCUGCUGUACUCUGAUGCUUUCUCGACGUCGGAUAACAAGAGCUAUGUUGUGACAUUCAUUUACUGA